AUGGGAGGUUUUUAUAACUUGGCCUCAGUGGUACAUAUCAAAUCAGCAGAACUGGUAGAAGCAAUAAAAAGUCCAUCCAUGGAAUUUGAUAAAAAAUCGGUAUUAAGUUACAUGGGUCUAUUCAAAUUAUUUGAGGAGGACCUCAUGGUUCCGUUAAUUCGAAUAAUGGAUACUUCAGCAUAUAACGCAUUUUUGAAACUAUCCACUAACUACAUUCAAGCUACAGUCCAAUUAAAUAAAACUUAUGGCUAUACUGAGCUUGUAAAGUAUGAUAAUGCGUUGGCAGAUUUUAACACUGCUGGAAGUGAAAUGAGCAAAUCUUUAGCAUUGGAGCUUCCACCAACAUGUAGACAUGGAGUAAUUUCCACGAACACGUUCUUCAAAUCUGCUGCAACAAAAUACAAGGAAAUAUAA